GGCGAGCCCCAGAUAAAGAUGAGACGACGGUUUGUGGUAUGUGUCAGGUAUUUCCGAAGAACGCAUGGUGGUUGAUUGUCCGAAGUCAAGCUGCGUUUAUAUAUCCCAUAGUCAUAACCUCUUGUCUGUUUCCCUCAAUACUUGCUUCUCUUUGUCUGGUCCCAUCCCAGUACUUCCGUCCCACAAAGCAUCCAACCUCGUACUGACUGCAAUAUGUUUCCGACUUCCAGAUCACCUGCCAGCAGGCAGUUGGUUUGCAACAUAGGACAUGCUCGGGCAAGAACCAUUGCUUCGUCCCUUGGACCUGCCGUGGCUUCCAUCUCAUAUCAGCAUGUCUCACAUUCAACUUCACCGGUCGGGCGUGUCAACAGCGUCGGGAGGACAUAUUCAACACGACUUAUACACUCCUCCACCAACCGACCUAAGUCUACCGACCACCUAACCAUCGACAACGCAUCAUCAUUAUCAGCAACAGACGAACCUCAGCCCAGCGAGAUGCCCAAGACUUCUUCACCACUGGCAGUACUGCCACUAACGAACGUCCUCCGAUCAUGGAUGACCACCACCGUCUCGUCCUCGCCCUUCCUUCUACCGCCCUCACUAUCCAUCAUGUCCGUCCUAGCCCACACCACAAACCCAGCCCUCAACCCAGACCGAAACCCCCUCCUCCGCGCCUUCCUCAAGAAGACCUUCUACGCCCAAUUCUGCGCCGGCGAGAACCCGGCUGAGGUCCGCCAAACCAUAGACUCACUCAAGCAAAUCGGCUUCAGUGGUGUCAUCCUCGGUUACGCCCGCGAAGUCGUCCUCACCGAUUCUGAGACCAAAGACCUCGCCUCAUGCGCGGCCGACGGCGCCGCUGCGGAGGAGUGCAUUCGCACGGAAGUCAACCCCUGGGCCGAAGGCACUAUGGAGACAGUCCGCCUCGCCUCUCCCGGCGAUUUCGUAGCGCUCAAAUUCACCGGCGCCGGCCGCCAGGCCCUCUACUCUCUCUCCAAACGCCUCCCGCCCUCCGAGGCCCUAGGCUCCGCCAUCAACGGGAUCUGCAAGCUCGCCGCCGAGCGGGGCGUCCGCCUCCUCUUCGACGCCGAACAGACCGCUCUGCAGCCUGGCAUCGACGACUGGACGCUCGACUACAUGCGCCUCUACAACAAAUCCGGCACCGGCGGAAACGCAGUAGUCUACGGCACUUACCAAGCCUACCUCAAAUCCACACCCUCUCUGCUCUCAAAGCACCUCGCCAUCGCCGCCACCGAAGGCUUCACCCUCGGCGUGAAGCUCGUUCGCGGCGCUUACCUGGGUGCCGAUCCUAGACAUCUCAUCUGCGACACCAAGGCCGACACGGAUAGCCAGUACGAUGGGAUUGCCGAGUCUUUACUCCGCAAGAGCUGGUCCGGCGGUCCCUUACAACCUCCCGCUCCCGCUGCUCCAGGAUCUGCUGCUGAAAAGGACACAACAAACUUCCCCGACGUGAACGUCGUCCUAGCCACGCACAACCGCGAAUCAGUACUCAAGGGCAAAGCCCUUCUCGACAGCGGCGUGGCCAAACUGGGGUAUGAAGAAGUGGCGUUUGCCCAGUUGCAGGGGAUGGCGGAUGAAGUUAGUUGUGAGCUUGUUGCUGGGCCUCAUGAAUCUCCCAAGGAGAUGGAGAUGGUCGAGAAUGGAAAGGAGAAGGUGAAAGUGAACAAGCCGCAGGUGUACAAGUACCUGGUGUGGGGAUCGACGGGGGAGUGUAUGAAGUAUUUGCUGCGGAGGGCUUAUGAGAAUCGGGAUGCGGUGCAGAGGACGAGGAGUGGACGGGAGGCGAUGGGCAGGGAGGUUGGGAGGAGGGUGAAGGGGCUGUUUGGGGUUUCUUCUUCUUAACUUCUAGAAGGUUGGGGAAGCUUGAUUAAGAGGGAUCCUGUCUGGGGAGCAAUGAGCAAUUGAGUUCCAUUCAGCUCCCAAGGUGUGAGCGUUACGUAUCCGUUUCUGGGGAUCACAUCAUUUCUGGCGUAUUGCGUGGGUUUUGUUUAGGUUUGGCUAGGUUUGGUCUUAGCGUGGGUAGAUAUCUGCUUGACAGAUAAAGAUAAACAGAUAUUUGAGUCGUGAAUUACAUACAGUAUCUGAACUUGAAUCAUCUCGAUUUCCCUCU